AUGCAGAGAAACACAUUUAAAGACGCGGCCACCGUAGAAGCGCCAGCCGUCAAAACGAAGUUCAAUCCCUUUGUGACUUCUGACCGGAGCAAGAACCGUAGAAGGCAUUUCAGUGCACCGUCCCACAUUCAAAGGAAGAUUAUGUCCUCUCUUUCCAAAGAGCUGAGACAGAAGUACAACGUUCGAUCCGUGCCCAUCCGAGAGGAUGAUAAAGCUCGGGUUGUUCGAGGGCAUUACAAAGGGCAGCAAAUGGGCAAACUAGCCCCAGUUUACAGGAAGACAUAUGCCAGGUACACUGAACGAGUGCAACGGGAGAAAGCUAACGGUACAACUGUUCAUGCGGGCAUUCACCCCAGCAAGGUGGUGAUCACUAGACUAAAGCUAGACAAAGACCAAAAAAAGAUCCUUGAACGUAAAGCCAAAUCUCACCAAGUAAAAAAGGAAAAGAGAAAAUACAAGGAAGACACAAUUGAGAAGAUGCAGGAAUAA